AUGCAGGACAAGCGCGACGACGGCGACGAGACGCAGCCAAAUAAGGCGAGCCUGCGUGACUUGUUUCGCUUCGCGACCAAGUGGGAGCUGCUUGUCAACUUUGUCGGCCUCAUUGCCGCCACCGCCGCUGGCGUCGCGCAGCCCCUGAUGACGGUGGUGUUUGGAAACCUGACGACCUCCUUCCUGGCCUUUGCAAACGAGUCCGGCGCCGGACCUGCUGCGUACGACGCGGCCAAACGCGAGAUACGCCACGCCGUCAACCAUGACGCGCUGCUCUUGCUCAGUAUCGGCGCGGGUAUGAUGGUCAUGACGUGGAUCUACCAAGCAUCAUGGGUCUACACGGGCGAAGAGGUGACGCGGCGCAUCCGCAUCGCGUACUUGCGCUCCGUGCUGCGGCAGAACAUCGCCUACUUUGAUGAGCUCGGCCCUGGCGAGGUCACCACGCGCAUCCAGAGUGACAUCCAGCUGAUCCAAGAAGGCAUCUCCGACAAAAUACCCAUGAGCGUCAUGUACAUCAGCACCUUUGUCGCAGGCUUCGUCGUCGCCUACGUACGCAAUGCACGCCUCGCAGGAGUUAUCACCGUUAUCGUGCCGCUGAUCAUUGUGACCGGCGCGGUGAUGAACGUGUUCAUCACACGCUGGCAGCAGGCGGAGCUCGAGCACAUCUCGCGCGCCGCGACGCUCGCCGAGGAGGUGCUGUCCACCGUACGCACUGCCAAGGCGUUCGGCGUCGAGCAGCGCCUCGUUGAUCUGUACGAUCGCUCCAACGCUGGAGCGACCAGGCUUGGCGUCAAGAAGGCCAUCGGCCAGGGGAUCGGGCUUGGUAUGUUCUUCUUUGUCAUCUAUUCGGCCUACGCGCUCGCCUUCUUCUAUGGCAGCGAGCUCAUCGCAAAGGGCGAGCUGCAGUCCGGCGUGGUGAUGACAUGCAUCUUCUCCAUCCUCAUCGGUGCAUUCGGCAUGGCGAUGCUAGCGCCCAACCUGCAGGCGCUCUCGUACGCUCUUGGCGCCGGCGGGAAGGUGUUCGAGACGAUCGACCGCAUCCCGCCGAUCGAUUCUUCGUCCAAGGACGGCCUGCGCCCUAGCACAUGCGACGGCGACAUUGACCUCGAGCACGUCAGCUUCCGCUACCCCGCGCGCCAGGACAUCCCGAUCCUACAGGACUACAGCCUGCGCAUCCCACGUGGCAAGACCACCGCGCUCGUCGGCGCCAGCGGCAGCGGCAAGAGUACGAUCGUCUCGCUCGUCGAGCGCUUCUACGACCCGGACGUGGGCUGCGUCCGUCUCGACGGGCAUGACCUGCGCGACCUCAACCUGACCUGGCUGCGCGCGCAGAUGGGCUACGUAUCCCAGGAGCCUGUGCUGUUCGCAUCGACCAUCCGCGAGAACAUCGAGUACGGCCUGACCAACACCGCAUUUGAGAAGCUCGACAAGGAGAAGAAGUUCGAGAUGGUCGUCGAAGCCGCCAAGAUCGCCAACGCGCACAACUUCAUCACGCAGCUCCCCGAGGGCUACGAGACCAAUGUUGGCGAGCGUGGCUUCCUCCUGUCCGGUGGCCAGAAGCAGCGCUGCUGCAUCGCCCGCGCCGUCGUCAAGAACCCCAAGAUCCUCCUCCUGGACGAGGCCACGUCCGCGCUCGACUCCGAGAGUGAGGGCAUCGUCCAGGCUGCGCUCGACCGCGCCGCCGAGGGGCGCACCACCAUCGUCAUUGCGCACAGGCUCUCAACAAUCAAGAAUGCCGAUAAUAUCGUCGUCAUGGGCAAGGGCGUCAUCCUCGAGGCCGGCACACAUGACAAGCUGCUUAACAAUGAGAACGGGCCGUACUUUAACCUGGUCAACGCGCAGCGCAUCCGUGCCAAGGCCUCCUCGAAAGACCGCGCACAGCAGGAAGAGGAGCAGCUGCUGCUCAAGCGCCAGAAAAGCAUGGCAGAAAACAAGGUGGAGAAGCCCGCCGGCCUGGACCGCACCAAGUCCAACAAGAGCAUCUCCAGCCUGAUCCUGCGCCAGCAGCGCGGCAGCAACGACCUCGAAGCGCAGAACAAGCCGCAGCCGCCGAUGCGCUCCAUCUACUACCUCCUCUACCGCCUCGCCCUCGUCAACAAGGAGUACAUCUGGUCGCUCUACGUUCCUGGCUUCAUCGCUUCAAUCGCCGCCGGCUGCGCCUACCCGGCCUUUUCCAUCCUCUUCGGGCGCUCGCUGCAGAACUUCUCUGUUUGCCCUGUCCGCGACGACGGGAUUCCGUGCCCGGAGCCGUUUCGGAGCCACAUGCGGCACGAGGCAAAUCUCAACGCUCUCUACUUUUUCGUCGUCGCCAUCCUCUCAACAAUCGCAGUUGCGAUCCAGACGCAUAACCUCAUGCUCGCCUCGUCCAUCCUAAUGGAGCGUCUACGCCGCCUCUCACUCAGCGCCUUCCUGCGCGCAGAUGUCGCCUUUUUCGACGAAGAUGACCACGCGAGCGGCUCGCUCACCUCGAGCCUUGCCGAUAACUCCCAAAAGGUUAAUGGCCUCGUCGGCGUCACGCUCGGCACCAUUAUCCAGUCCAUCGCCACACUCAUUUGCGGCUUCAUCAUUGCUUUGGCCUAUGGGUGGAAGCUCGCCCUCGUCUGCAUUGCUUGCGUUCCCGCAACGCUCUCCGCCGGCAUCAUGCGUUUGCGCUUGGUCGUGUUGAAAGACGCAAAGAUUAAGAAGGCGCACGAAAAAGCCGCGCAAAAAGCAUGCGAAUCAGCCGCAAAUAUCCGCACUGUCGCAAGUCUGACACGCGAGGAUGAUAGUCUGCGCGUCUACAGCGAGGAGCUCAAGUGGCCCGCGCGCGUCGUGCGCAAGACUGCGUUCCUGGGCAACAUCCUCUUCGCUGUUUCGCAGGGUCUCGCGUUUUGGGUCAUCGCCCUGGGCUUCUGGUACGGCUCGCAUCUGCUCAUCGACGGCGAGCUCUCUUCGGGUGCUUUCUUCACAGUUCUGACCUCAGUCGUUUUCGGCUCAAUUCAAGCUGGCAAUGUCUUCUCAUUCGUCCCGGAUAUCUCAAAUGCCAAGACAGCGGCGAAUGACUCUGUCACUCUCAUAGACAUGCGCCCCGAGAUUGACUCUGAAUCGACAGAGGGCAAGGUUCUCGACGACAUUUCUGGCAAUGUGCGGUUUGAGAACGUGCACUUCCGAUAUCCAACAAGAAGCGCAGUAGCCGUCCUCCGUGGUCUGGAUUUGGACAUGCGGGCAGGCGGAUUCUACGCGCUUGUCGGCGGUUCUGGCUGCGGCAAGUCGACCACGAUCCAACUAGUGGAACGCUUCUACGACCCACUCGCAGGCCGCAUUUGCAUUGACGGCCACGACAUCUCUGACCUCAACCUCAAAGCCAUGCGUCGGCACAUCGCUCUCGUUUCACAAGAACCUACCUUGUACGAUGGAACCAUCGCUUUUAACCUGAGCUUGGGCGCAUUUGAGGACGCGGACAAGGUGACGGAGGCUCAGCUUCGCAAGGCCGCCGCCGAGGCAAAUAUUCUUCAAUUCAUCGACUCACUGCCUGGUGGCUUCCAGACCAAUGUUGGGGCAAAGGGUGCGCAGCUGUCCGGUGGACAACGACAACGUCUGGCGAUUGCGAGAGCACUCGUGAGAGACCCAAAAAUUCUUUUACUAGACGAGGCGACUUCAGCGCUCGACUCCGAAAGUGAAAAAGUCGUCCAGGAUGCGCUCGACAAGGCUGCGAAAGGACGCACAACAAUUGCCAUCGCACACCGACUCAGCUCCAUAUCCAAAGCAGAUCAAAUAUUUGUGCUUAAGGAUGGCAUCGUGGCAGAAAAGGGCGAUCACGCCUCGCUCAUGGCUUUGAAUGGAAUUUACAGCGAGCUCGUCAACCUGCAAGAAUUGCAGCGCGAGGCCGCCGAGUAG